GUAAUCAAGCAAUUUGGCAAACCAAAGAAAGAAGAAAAAAAGGAUAAAAAACAAAAAAUCAUGGGAAGAUCUCCUUGUUGUGAUGAAGAUGGUCUCAAGAAAGGUCCAUGGACUCCCGAAGAAGAUCAAAAGCUGGUUCAGUACAUAAAGAACCACGGCCAUGGCAGCUGGAGAGCUUUGCCUAAGCUAGCAGGUCUCAACCGAUGUGGGAAGAGUUGUAGGUUAAGGUGGACAAAUUACUUAAGGCCUGAUAUCAAGAGGGGCAAGUUUUCUCAAGAUGAAGAACAAACCAUCCUGCAUUUGCAUUCCAUUCUUGGGAACAAGUGGUCAGCCAUUGCUACACAUCUGCCAGGGCGCACAGAUAAUGAAAUCAAGAACUUUUGGAACACUCAUUUGAAGAAAAAGCUGAUUCAAAUGGGGAUUGAUCCAAUGACCCAUCAACCAAGAACUGAUAUCUUUUCGAGCUUGCCUCACUUGAUGGUCCUGGCUAGCCUUAGAGACCUUUUGGAGAACCCAUUGCAGGCUGAGGCUGCUCAGUUGGCUAAGCUUCAAUACCUGCAAUUUCUUCUCCAAUCUUCGGCGGCUUCAAUGGCGUCCAACGACAACUAUGGUGGCGCCACCACCAUUGGAGCAGAAGACAUGGAAGGUUUCAACUUAUUAAAUUCAACCCAGUUUUCAGUUGGAAACAACGAAACCUCUCAACUGCUCCACUAUCCACCACAACAACAAGUCCCUUUCGGUCUCCAAACAUCGUUUAAUAAUGAGAAGAAAACCUCAUCCAACAGUGAUGAGAUGGGCCAUUGCUCCAACUUUAUCGUCAGCCAAGGAGAUAACCUAAUCGAUCACUCAGUAGCAGCAUCGUGUCCUCUUCAAAGCUCCCCGACGUCCCCUCCGGCAACGGCGGGCGCCGCCGAUGCAUCGGUUAGCAAUGUUCCGGGAGAUGCAAGCAGUGCUUCGAGCUACAACGGUGGCGCCGCCUCUCCCUACUGGUCUGAUCUCUAUUUCGACGACUCUCUCAUGCAGGACAUUAUCUCAUAGAUGUUUUUCCUUUGUUCUUUUUAAAUUUAAGUCUUUGAGUGUCUUGGGUUUUGAAUAUUUCUUUUUGUUACUGUAGAUAACUAUAUAUUGCAUUUAUUAUUAUAAUUAUAAUUAGUUUAAAA